UAGAUUGAAGUUUUAUCAACCGAGUUCUGUGACAUUUUUAAUUUCUGUUUACUUUUGUUGGCUUUAAAGCCAGAUUUUUAAAAACCCUUCGCCCGCAGGGUGAAGUGAACUAACAACAAACAUGAUAAUACUCAAGUUUUCUUAGAGUAACGAUGCCGAGUUGAGGGGGAAAAUAAUAAAAAAAGGUCGUGCGUGGAGGAUAUGGUAACAAUGAGCUCUGAGAAGGGUGGAGGGCGGAGGAAAUUUGAUAAUCACCAGCAGCAGCAGGCCACCACUCCCUGUCAUGAUGACUCACCAAAUCACCUCGUUUAUGCAAAAAUGGAAGCAAUUGUUGAAAGAAUGCAAGAUGAAACGUCAGGAGUCCCCGUAAGGACUGUUAAGAGUUUCAUGUCAAAAAUACCAUCAGUGUUCACGGGUUCCGAUCUUAUAUUAUGGAUGAUGAAAAACCUAGAUGUCGAUGAUCAAACUGAGGCUCUUCAUUUGGCUCAUCAAAUGGCAUCACAUGGAUAUCUGUUUCCUAUAGACGAUCACAUGUUGACAGUUAAAAAUGAUAACACCUUUUAUCGCUUUCAGACACCUUACUUUUGGCCAUCCAAUUGCUGGGAGCCAGAAAAUACUGAUUACGCCGUUUAUUUGUGCAAACGUACAAUGCAAAACAAAACAAGGCUAGAACUGGCCGAUUAUGAGGCCGAAAGCCUCGCAAGACUUCAGAAAAUGUUUUCAAGGAAAUGGGAGUUCAUCUUUAUGCAGGCGGAAGCUCAAAGCAAAGUGGACAAGAAGAGAGACAAGCUGGAAAGGAAAGUUCUGGACUCGCAGGAGAGGGCUUUCUGGGAUAUGCACAGACCUAUGCCUGGUUGUGUAAAUACGACAGAAUUGGACAUUAAAAAGGCAUGCCGAAUGAAUAAGCCUUCGACAACAUCAAAAGGUGCGCAGGGUGGAUCUUCAAAUGAACAGGUGAUAGAAAACUUGCAGAAAGAAAUUUCUUUUCUCAAGACACGUCUGGACAGAUCAAAUAUAAAAAUAUCUAAAGUCGCCGAGUCCUAUAUAAGCUAUUUUGAGCAGUACUCAGAAUACGAUCCAUUUUUCACUUCUCCUGACGUUGCCAACCCUUGGGUAUCUGAUAACCCAGAUUUUUGGGAACAAGAAAAACAAGGGAAAGAUGUUGCUGCCCGUAGAGUUAAGAGAUGGGCCUUUAGCCUGCAAGAACUGCUGGCAGAUCCUGCUGGGCGAGAGCAAUUUGCUAGGUUUUUAGACAAAGAAUUCUCUGGAGAAAACCUCAAAUUCUGGGAAGCUGUAGAAGAAUUGAAAGCCUUGCCACAGAGUGAGGUUGCUGAAAAGGUCAAAGAGAUCUGGAACGAGUACCUUGCUCCUGAUGCAUCAUGCCCGGUCAACAUUGACUCGCAUUCAAAUGAAAUAACAAAGAAAAACAUGGUUAAACCCGACCGGUGGACAUUUGAUCCAGCAGCGGCGCAUGUCUAUCAUUUGAUGAAGACAGAUUCAUAUUCAAGGUAUCUUAGGUCAGAAAUGUAUAAGGAUUUUCUUCAAGGUUCGAAAAAAAAGACAUCUAUGAAAGGAAUCAGGUCGAUUGUUUCAUUUUCUGGGAGGAAAGAUGCUAAUUCUUAAUUGUGAUAAAAAGAAAUGAGUCCAAGGAAAUAAUUUCAUUUUUCGUUCUUUUAAUUUUCAUUCUUUUGGUUUUUAUUUUUAAUGUUAACAAGCAAACAAGUCAACUCUUGGACCCUUGCCAUCAUUGUGUAAAUUAAAUUGGAUACUUAAACGUAAAUGAGUUUGCUCAUUUUUUUAUAAUAUAUGAAAAUUGCCAUAAAGAAAUAUAGUGAGAUCUGUAAACAUUUUAAAAAAAGUGUAACAUCAAAUCAAUGUACGGGUAUUCUUACAGAUUGUUAGACUUAAUUUUUUUACACAAACCAAUUAUUAAUAUUAGCAGUUUUUUAUUUUAACGAUUGUACUUCUGGGUAAAAGGAAAAGAUCUAUUUUGAUAUUUUCCUAGAAUUGCAUUUAAUAAUUUAUAUGAUACUUUCAGGACUACAGUAAAAUAAUCUCUAUAAAUAUAAACUUAAUUGGAUCAUUAAAAAUCAAUCAUUUAAAUUGCUUACAAACAUUAG